CUCCGAGCGGGCUUUCGUCUGUCUCUCCAGCCGUUCCUCCGGAGGUGUGCGGGGCCUGGGCGCGACGGCAGCGGGGCAGUGGAGCUGUCAGCAUGGCUGGUGGCCCUGAGCCCUACAUUGAAAUUUUUGAACAACCCCGGCAAAGAGGCAUGCGUUUCAGAUACAAAUGUGAGGGAAGGUCAGCAGGCAGCAUUCCAGGAGAACACAGUACUGAAAACAAUAAGACAUUCCCUUCCAUACAGAUUCUGAACUAUUUUGGAAAAAUCAAAAUAAGAACCACAUUGGUAACAAAGAACGAACCCUACAAGCCUCACCCUCAUGAUCUGGUUGGAAAAGACUGCAGAGAUGGCUACUAUGAAGCAGAGUUUGGGCCAGAACGUCGAGUCCUGUCUUUUCAGAAUUUGGGCAUUCAGUGUGUGAAGAAGAAAGAUCUGAAGGAUUCAAUUUCUUUACGAAUCUCAAAGAAGAUUAACCCUUUCAAUGUGCCUGAAGAACAGCUGCACAACAUCGAUGAGUAUGAUCUCAAUGUCGUCCGCCUCUGCUUCCAAGCAUUUCUCCCUGAUGAACAUGGCAACUACACGUUAGCUCUUCCUCCUUUGAUUUCCAACCCCAUCUAUGACAACAGAGCUCCCAACACUGCAGAACUGAGAAUUUGUCGUGUGAACAAGAACUGCGGAAGCGUAAAAGGAGGCGACGAAAUAUUUCUACUGUGUGACAAAGUUCAGAAAGAUGACAUAGAAGUCAGAUUUGUCUUGGACAACUGGGAGGCCAAAGGUUCCUUCUCACAAGCGGAUGUUCACCGUCAAGUUGCAAUUGUGUUCAGAACACCGCCGUUUCUCAAAGAUAUCACUGAGCCUGUCACAGUGAAGAUGCAGCUGCGAAGACCUUCAGACCAGGAAGUCAGUGAGCCUAUGGAUUUCAGAUACUUACCAGAUGAAAAGGAUCCAUAUGGCAACAAAGCAAAAAGGCAAAGAUCAACGUUGGCUUGGCAAAAGCUCAUACAGGACUGUGGAUCAAAUGUGACGGAGAGGCCCAAAGUGACUUCGUUCCCCACUAUCACUUCUGAACGAAAGCUGAUUAAGAAAGAACCAAACCUGUGUCCAUCCACACUGGCGAUGCCAGGGCUAGGAACCCUGGACAGCCCUAGUCAGAUGUACUCUGUGGGCAGCCAGCUCGCACAUCCGCCUGCGUCAGUGGGGCCAGGGAAGCAGGACACGCUCUCCUCAUGCCAGCAGCUCUACAACAACUGUUCUUCAGCCAGCAGCCUGCUCAGCAUGCACCCACAGCACAGCCUCCUGCCUCAAGGCUCUCUCCCAGCUUACCACGAGAACCCCCUGAACUGGCCUGAUGAGAAAGAUUCGGGUUGUGACUGGAAUUUAGGUGGCAUAAGUGGCAUGGGAGUGGGGCUGUCAACUCCAGACCUGCAGAGCAUUUCUAGUAACAGCAUCACGCACCAGGCUCGUCUCACCAGCACUUCCACAGCCAGCAUCGUGAACAUGGAGACAGAUGACAUGAACUGCACCAGUAUGUACUUAGAAAAGUAUAGCCCAGUGUUAAAUACAAGCAAUCACAGGCAGCAGCUUCAUCAGGCACUUCCAGCUGGCCCAUCUGUAGCAGCCCCAGGCAGUGCACCUUUUAAUUCACACUUAGAUGAUCCAGCAGUUUAUGGCUUUCUAGACCAAGUGUUAAACCAAUCAAGACCAUUCACCAACCCAAUCCCAAACCAUCAGAAUAACGUUGCAGAUAUCCAGUACUGUGACACUGUUGGUGUCUCCACUGAAGAGCUCUAUCAGUCUUUACAACUUGAAACCAUGCUGCAAAGCAAUAACCAUUGAGCCAGCAGUGUUGGGAUGGCAGUGGGUAUGUGGGGCUUUUCUGAUGGCUAGCUGUGUGAAGAGGAGUCACUUACCCUUCUGGAGUCCUUGCUUCCUCUUUCAUGCAAGUUUCAUGCUAUAACUUAAGGUUAUGUACUACAGCCCAAAGCCUGGUGCUCAUAAAGAGGUGGGAGUAGGGCUUGGGGUUCUCUACCUUAAAAGUACCUUGUAUACAUAUUUUUACACUGUUGGAACUGCUAACACUUCAAUCUUCCUUACCUGUGGGGACUCAAAAGCUGGUAUCUUCAGAAGGGUUAAAAUUGUUUGAAAAAAUAACUAUUUUUGCUAUGGAAAUCAGAGUUUAAUUUUGACAGGACAGAAGUUAGGAGAAAACCUGCACACGGGCACUCUAGUUUAGAGUCACCUAAUGGUGUUAAAGUUUUACUCCACUGACUUGAAAGAUUUAGGUUACUUAACCCUCUUCCAUAUAAAAUCUUCCUCUCCUAAAACAAGAUCGCACAUUGAUUUUUCCACAUUUUCACCACACUCCAUUUGCUUUUGAAAGCAAAUUUAAUCUAAAAAAUGUUUAAUGACUAUGUCAUUGUUAGAUGUAUUUUAAAAGACCGGAAGGUUUGAGUUUUUGAAUAGUCCAGCUCUGUUGUAAAUGAAUCACUGCACAAAAGUACGAACAGAAAGUGAGGACUUCUCUGCACUUCAUCCAAAGUGCACUGUUUUAAAUGACAAACCCCUGUUGCUUUAGGAAUGGAGCACGCUGUUAUUUCUCUGGAAGUUUUGUGUGUGUAUGUGUAGCUGUGAUAUACAUGUUAUUCUGAACUCAGAAAUACGCUGAGCCAAAGCAUCUACCUAUUCUUUCCUCAGGUAUCCCAGCAGUUUCCUGCUAUGCAAGUGACUGCUUAGAAGGCUCAGAUUCUAACUCUCACAAGAAAGCUUUGGGGCCAAGCGAGAGGUAGUCUUAGUGCAGCCUCGUCUUGAUGCACUCUAUUAACAACUUAAGGCCAUUUCAGUCAGUACUAAUUAAAAACACUCCUCUA